CCUGACUCCUUUUCUCACUCGCUGUGCGAGCGAGCAAGAGAGAUCUUCGUUCUCUUUCUAGGGUUUUCCCUUGGGAUUUUCACACCUCGAUCGUCCUUCCUUUUUUUUUCAUAAAAAACCCUAGCUCCGACUCCUCUUCCUAUACUGAGAUUCUCCAACGCCGCCGCCUGGCGCACUUUCCACCGAAGCAGCUAAAGCAGAACCCUUCUAUGGUAGCGAAAUCCAUUGCUCCGACUGCAAGAGACCUCCCGCCGGAGGUCUUUGGGACAGAGACUCCGCCGGAAAAGCCCCGGGGUCGGGUUCUCCCAUCCAGAUGUUCAGCAGAUGGCGAUGCUGGAGAUUGGACCCUCUCGAGCAUAAUGCAAAAACUAUCCAAGGGAGAUGAACUUGAAAGCUCGCAUGAUCGGUGUAAUGCUUGCACAGAAUUCUAUGUCCAAAAGGGCAUUGGCUAUCUAAUUGAUGAGGACUCAAUUGAGGAAUAUGAAAAGGUGGCAAAGGAAAAGAGGAAGGAGAAAUUGGAGCAACAGGAAGGAGUGGAGUUAAAUUUUCUCAGCAAACUUGGUCAUGUCCAAAAGAUUGAGAUUCUGAAUGGCAUUGCUGACAUGAAGAAUGAGCUCAGGUGCAAUCAAAUGCACAGCUAGUGAGAAAAGGGAAGUGCCAUUUUUAGGUCUUCCAUUUAAUUAGUAUUGAGAGUUUGCAGAGUUUUAGAUUAUAAGGAUUUGAAAUCAGUGUUGAUAUUACUUCAGAUUACAGGUAAUGCACUUACAUCUUUUUGAAAAUUUUAUAUCUGGUGCUAUUUGUUAGGGUUU